AAGGAUGAUAGAAAACUACUGUUUAUUUUGCUAAAGUACCUAUCGGAAAUCGACUUUGAAUUUGCAGAUUAAGUGAACAACGGCAUUUCUAUUCUAUUCUUCAAAAAUAAUGAAUUCUUUUAAAUACUUUGUUUUUUCCAUUGACUUUUGCGAAUCAAGCUAAUCAGUUGAUGGUGAGUCGCCAAUGAUAAGCUUGAAAACCCGAUACCGAUAGAAAAUAAUAAAACCAGUGUGCAAAAAUAAUUGGAAAUUUGCUGGAAACAAUUUGUUCUAUUAUACAGAGUUCUAUUUUUCUAAUAUGGAUUUGAAGUACCACAAUAAAGAUGUUGUGCUAGAGAUCAAGGGAUCGGACGCGCUCUUUCUCAACACCUCCAUUUUGGACGUGUUGAAGUCUUUGAAGGAAUUGUCCGAGCCAGCCGGAGAUGCAAAUUCUGGCCGUGUCCCCAAGAGACGGAGGGAAGAAGAAGAAGAGCCUAAGACACCCGAAAAAAAAGGACGGAAACUAAGUUUCGACGACGUGGGCUUCGAGCAAUCGAACUCAUUCGAGGAGCUGGAGGCCAGUGGCUCCAGCCAGUCACCACUCCAUCCUCACUCAUCAUUCGAGGAGCUGGAGGCCAGUGGCUCCAGCCAGUCACCACUCCAUCCUCACUCAUCAUUCGAGGAGCUGGAGGCCAGUGGCUCCAGCCAAACUACUCUCCAUCCUCACUCAUUAUUCGAGGAGCUGGAGACCAGUGGCUCCAGCCAAAAAACUCUCCAUCCUCACUCACCCUUCGAGGAGCUGGAGGCCAGUGGCUCCAGCAAGUCAACUCUCCAUGGCUCACCCGAGACAGAGACCCUCGCCCACUCGUCGCCCUUGCAGCCUCUGAGCCACAUACGAAACACCGAGGACCUAAAGGCAGGCGAGGUCUCAUGGUUCCCACAAGCCAAGACAUGGAGACUAAACGUGGAUGAGAUCCGCAAGGUCUACCGGGACAGGCUAGAGAGGGUUCAUGACUGCUUGGAGUGCGGCGUCAUCCUCCACAGCCACAAAGCCCUAGCCGAGCAUGAGAAGUUGGACGACCACGUCCAGGAAAAGGAGCGAAUCGAAAAUUUUUUUUAAUUCCAAGGUAAAAUCUAUGUGUCCAAUCUGUGGAGCUAAAGCUGGAAACAAAACGAAGCUGAGGAACCACGUGAUCAGCACUUCCGGUGGACCUUUGAUUGCAAAAAGUGUCCGAAGUUGUUUUGCUCAAUCAGGAGCUACAGGGACCAUCUACAUCCGCCAGUUUCAAAGGAAGAAAAAUAUGCCUGCGAGUGUAUAUAUUGUAUAUUAUUUGGUUAUAACUUUCCAUUUCCUUAUACAGGCCUUUAUAAACCCCCAAGACGCAGAGCCGAGAGAGAGACUUUGAAUUUGCAGAUUAA